AUGUUGUUUCAUCAUAUGGUGGUGAAGGAUUCUGUCACUUUGAGUUCGAUGAUCAGUGGGCUUGUUCGGAAUGGGAAACCGGGUUAUGCUCUUAAGCUUUUCCACCGGAUGGUUUCGAAUUCGUCAGUGCUUGUCACUAGGUCUAUCUUGCUUAAUGUGAUUAUGGCCUGCGCUGAGUUGGGGGACUGGAGACAAGGAAAAUGGGUUGAAAAAAACCAUGUGCUGCGCAAUGGCAGUGAAUUCAAAAGAGAUCCCUCUGUAGUAACCGUGCUGAUAUAUAUGUACGUGAAGUGUGGAAAGUUAACGUCAGUGAAUCUUCUACAUGGAGUUGCAGAGGUUAGAGGUGAUGUAGUUGCAUGGAAUGCUAUGAUCAAAGGCUGUGGAGAGCUGGGACAAGUGGAAAAAGCAAUUGGAUUUGCAGUAGAAAUGCAGAGGGUAGGCAUUGAUCCGGAUGCGGUUACAUUCUUGGAGCUCCUACCCAUGAUCUCAUUGAUUCCAUCACUGAAAAAGGGGAUGGAAGCAUAUGCUCAGAUUGUCAAAAGAGGUUUCCAGAAUAAUCAGACAAUUGCUAAUUCGCUUAUUUGUAUGUAUGGUCGAUGCGGGAGUCUUGGUCUUUCAGUUGAUGUAUUUAGUGGGAUUAUAGACAAGGAUGCAAUCUCUUGGACUUCUAUGAUGCAGGUAUAUGCAUGGAAUGGGCUUGCUGCUGAAGUUGUUAAGCUUUUUGAGCUGAUGAAGAAAACAGCAGUACAACCAAACCAAUAUACUUUCAUUGCUGUGUUGUCGGCUUGUAAAAACACGGGUCUUGUUGAGGAUGGAAUGAGCUUGCUCAAGUGCAUGAAAGAGCAGUAUGGUCUGGAGCCAGAUAUUGAGCAUAUUUCAUGUGUUGUUGAUAUGCUCUGUCGUACUGGACGCUUGACUGAUGCAUAUCACCUGAUACAGAAUUCUCACUCUGAACACGCAAAAAAUCCUGUAUUGUGGGGGACAUUGCUAAGUGGUUCCUGAUCAUGGGAGGACUUAGUGAUUGGAGAAGCAGCAGCUAGCCAUCUCUUGUCCUUGGAUCCGGAAAAUAGAGCUAACUACAAGAUGCUUGCUGAUAUUUAAGUUUCGCUUGGGAGAAGAGACGAUGCCAAUGUUAUCCGAAGACUGUUGAUGUCAAAAGGACUGGACAUGAGACCGGGCUGCAGCUGGGCUGAAGGUGGCUAAAGCUUGCAGUACAUGCUAGAAGAUAUGAUUUAAGUAUGAUAUAACCGUGACUAACAUUUGAUGUUCUGUUGCAAUUGCUUGUAUUGCAUAAAUAUGUUAAUACUAAAGUAGCUUAAAGCAUUGAAUACAGAUAGACAUGUGUUGGGUGUCAAUAUCAAAAUGAAUUGUGAGGAAAAGAAGGUA